AUGGAUAAUAGCUACAUCAAAUACGGUGAUAAAGUAGUCCUCUAUGUAGAGACUGUCUAAGGCUUUGUUUAAUCACAAGGUUUUACUAAUCCGAAUUGCUAUGUGCAGAAAAGUAAUUAUGAGAACGAAGUAUUUGUAAGAAAUUACAGAGAUUUCGUAUUUCAAAUCUGUCCCAAACUAAACUAUGAUGCCAGAAAAGAUUACAAUCAAGCAUCGAGAUUCUUUUCAAAGAAUUCCGGUGGAGGCGGUGGUCAGGGUAGUGGCUCGCCAAGAGGAGGUAACAAACAAUAACACACAACUCGUGGAGACUCAAAGGGAGGUGCUUAGAAGAAAAGGUAUUCAACAAUAUCUUAAUUUACUAGGUAAAAUGGGCUUGAAGAGCAGACCUUUAAGAAGAAAAUGCAACAACUGCAGAAGAAGUUGCAAGAAGAGGAGGAAAUGAACCAGAAAGUUCUUGAACGUAGAAAGGGUGAGAUUGUGACUUACGGCUAAGAAAUUCAGUUACUCCAUGACGAUUCUCAAACCUUCAUAACUGCCAAGAAGAUGUGCGCCGAGAUAGACAAGUCCUGUAAUAAGGUUGAGCUAUCUGAUCAUGGCUCUAGUUCAAUCUACUUCAAAGUAAUGCCAAGGUAUAAAUACAGACAAGAGGGUGAGAAGAUACUUUUUGGUGACUAAGUCGUGCUUUAAAAUCAGAAGUUGAAUCUUUACCUACACAUAACUGAGUAAAUUCUCCACAUUGAGAAGCCCCUAGAACUUCCUGAGCUACCAGAGAACAUUUAGAAGCAAAUCUGUCCUCAAGAAAAUGAUAGAAGGACUCCUCCUAACUAAUAUUGCCCAUUGUUUGAACUAAACAUUUCGACACAGCUCUCUAGAUUCCAAAUCUUGCCAUUCGCAAACUUUGAUGAAUAAGAUCCGCAGAUUAUAAGAGGCGGCUCAGUAGUCAAAUUCCAGCACUCCGAGCUUGGUGGGUACCUUGCUUCCGAUGAUAAAGAUUUCACCAAUGACGGAAUGGCUGAGGUGUUUUUAUGGACCUACAAGGGUAAAUAACUCGAUGUAGAGAACUUCAACACAUCCAGUUUGUUUGAACUAGAGAUUGCCGGUUGCGAAAACAAUAAAGGAAAGGUAGGUGUAGAAUCUAUUCCUGACGAUGACGGUGAGGAAAUGCUAUUCAGAAUAAGACAUCUCAACAGUGGCCGUUUAGUAAGUGCUCAAGAAAUCAUGUUUGAAGGUCAAAAAUUGCUUACAUUGGGUCUUAGUGAGCAUCUUGAGUUGAAGAGACUUGAAAAAGGUGAGAAGACUGAGGCAUCAAAUACCAGACACAGAUUUUAGGAAUAUUAGCUGGAGGAUGAGGAUAAAAAGGAGGAACUUAUAGAGAACACAUUAUUCCGAAUGACAUCUACUAAUGCCGAAGAGGACAAAACACUAUAGAAUAACGUCUGUGUCAAGAUACAGCAUGUUAAAACAGGCAAGUAUCUCAGUGUCAAGAAGAAAUCGUUUUUCGUCCAUGCAAAUAAAUCCAAUUCAAAAACUUAAGCAACUAGUGGGAGCGGUAUAGUUGGAGGCGAUAAAACAGAAAGAGAUAAAAACGAGGGUGAAGAUGAGAACAUAGGAUUUGGAAAUCAACUCUAUCAGCCUAUCGAAGACUUGGAGAUCACUCAGGCUUAUAGAAAUGUAGUCGAGCUUAAACAAGUUGCAGGCCACACAGAUGCUUUCUUUAUCCAACUUGAAUCACUAGACUCACUCUAAGAUAUCCUAUUUGUCCAUUCAUCACUUGGAAUUCUCAAAUCUGCAGUACCUUUUCUCUGUAGAUAGGGACAUGAGAUACCAAAAGAAAUAUACGCUCAGGUUGAAAAAAUAUUGACUAAUCUAAACAGGUUCGUCAAAGGAAAAGAAGAUGGAGGUGAAUCUAAGAUGGAAUAGAGGCAAGAAUCUUCGGCUACCUAACAAACUUUUAGUUAAGGUUCAGAAGAGGAUCUUACUACAAUCAGACAGAGAAUUUUUAAGAGAUAAAAGAUAGUCAGGGAACUUUAUCUGGUCGAGUUACUAGUAUAAAUUUUAUUCUAUCCUUUCCACACUGGCGCAUACGAUUUAGAAAAGAUUACAUAAGAAGAUCAAAUUACCAAGUUAUGUUCACUAGCCUAUGUUUUGCUUAAAAACGCAGUUGGUGGUUAUGAAAUCAAUGAAAUGUAUGCAUCUUAAUGGAUCAAUCUUUUCUUCAUGCAGGCGAUGAAAACAAAUAAUCUCAAUGAUAUUCAGGCUUAGACAACUGUAAACGAACUGGUAUCAGACAAUAGGAAACUCCUAGAAGUUCAAAUUAAUCCAAAAAUUAUCUCUCAAUUCAUUUCUCUUUGUAAAUCACAAGAAAGACACAAGCGACUAAUUAAGCUUUUAACUGCUCUCUGUACUUGUAAUGGAAUGCCAAUAGUUAGAAAUUAGAAUGAUGUUGUGAGAUAUUUACUUAUGGAUUAAGAUACAAAAGAAACGCUUAUGAUGCCGAUCAGACUAAAGGAUACAGAAGUAGAAAUUCAAUUAAGGUCUGGAACUUUCAUUCCAAUAAGAGAGUUGAGAGAAAUCUCUUAUUCAAAAGAUAAUGGAAGAAUCUACAAAUAUUUCUUGUCAAUAGUAGAAUUAGCUGCCGAUCUCGUGUAAGGAAGAAACAUGAGAGCUGUGACUCAGCUCUAGCAAGUUUUUAACCUGGACUCUUCAAUAAAAAUAAUCUAUGAUAAAGAGUUGCCUUUCGAUAUGAGAUCUUACUUUAUCGAACUUUUCCUUAACAUGUAUAUUGAUAAGGAGCCCUUAGAGCCACUGCAAAUACCAGCUCUAACUAUGAUUUAAAGUGAAAUUCCUAAUCUUUAAACUCUGAUCAACUAAAAUGAUAAAGGUUAUCUUAUUUAGCAAGCAAAAUGUUAAAUACCUCAAAAUCUCCUGCAAUUCAAAGAUUUUGUACUUAACUACCUUAAGGAAGAAAAUGGUGUGCAAAGUGUAUUUGAAAAGAAGAAAAAUUAAUUCAUUUUCUGGGUUCUCAAGUCCCUAUAUUUCAUGUUAAGUCAUGGAUUUUAUAAAGAUCAACAAGAGCUAAAUGAGUUAUCAUAUCCUUUAAUCCUGCUUUUGGACGGUUCUAACGAUAUUUAUACUGAUGAAAAUAACUAUUCUUAGGCCGUAAACUAAAUUGACUAAGCAGCAACGUAAGAGCGUUAUAAAUUCAGCAAAGAAAAUGAGAUUAUUUUAAAGAGCAAAAAAAUUCAAUGUGAUUGCUUAAUUUUCAUAUCCUAAUUAGAGUUAGAUGGAAAAACUGAGCUCUUCCUUUCCAAACUAAAAUAUGAUAUGGAGUUAGUUAAGAAAAAUGAUGAGGUAAGUGGAGGUUUCGGGAGAGCUAUACUUGGCAAGUUAUUUAAUAAUAGUUUUGCUAGAAAAGACUCUAAUAAAAGUCCUGAGAAAAAGAGUAAUUCUUCAAUGCUUAAUGAUAGCAAAGAAAUCGGAUAAAAUAAUAUUUCUCUUGGGCAGAGCUCAGUAUUUAUUGGAAAGCUAAGAUAAGCAUUGAAUUCAGAUAACCCAAUAGAUCUAAAAAGAUUGCUUUAGUUCUAGAGCAACAAUGAAUUCCUUAAUAAUAUUGCUAAUAUUAGGGGAUUCGAAGAGUAGAUAGAAGAUAUUUACAUCUGCAUGUUAUUUGAUCUAUUACUAUACAAGUAUCCAGAGCUAAACUAAGCAGCGUUUGAGCUUCUUGUAAGAUACUUUACUAGAAGAAGAACUAUGCUUGAAGCUUUGAAUAAUGUUCAAAUUUUGGAACAAAAAACCUCAAUCGAUGUUCUCAACAAAGUUAAGAUCUAUUAAAGCGAACUAAAAAUGUACAUCUAAGAAGCCGAUGAUUGGAUGAAUAAAAAAGAGAAAGUUGCUACAGAAAACAAGCUAAGAGUCAGUGAAAUAUUCAAGUAUGUGACUCAUUACUGUGUAAACAACAAUGGUAUCAUCUUACAUUCUGGUAGAAAACCUAGAGUUCAAUUAGCAAAAUGGCUAAUGGAUAAGAGUUAAAAUAAUAUGCUUUCUGGUUUAAUUUCCAAUUCAACUGUAAUGAAGGACACUGCAGAAGAAGAGCAAGAUGCUGAAGAUAAAUAGCUAAUGGAAAAUGAGGAAUAUAUCAUGUUUAUGGAAUUCAAGAAUAGUGAGAACAAAGAAAAUCAAAGAAUAAUGAGAAAUUUCUAGAUGCAGGAAUUAGCCAUUUUCUUUAUCCAAUAUAGAAUGGAGCAAAGUGCAUCUUAAAAUUAAGAUUACAUCAAACUAAUCAAGUAAUGCUAUCGCUUUUUGAUAAGAUUUGUGAGAUAAAAUUUAGCUAAUCAAACUACAUUAAGAGAUAAUCUUGAUGUAUUCUUGAAGGACAUCGAAAAGUUCACUUUGGCAAGUCUUUUAAUUUAUGAGAUUUUCAGAGAUAACAAAAGACUUCUUAAUUUGGUAUAGAUUUUUAUUCAAUUUAUAUUGUUUUAUUAGAAUGUGAGCAAGAUCCUAAAGACUAUUGUAGCAGCUUCCGAAGAGGCUGACAUAAACUCAACCAAGAAAGCAACACUGCUUAAACUUUUGACUGUAUUCUGUAGAUUUAAGGACAAAUUAGUCAGAUAGAAUUAACAGGACAUCAUUAUUUUUAUGACAAACAAUGUUGCCCGUAGUAGUAUUCUCUAUCUGUUUUCAAAUGAAGGCUUUUCUGAAAUGAAUACUCUAAUUAAUUCUAGCAAAGAUAUUGAGAUUCUUGAGAACUACAUCAAUGGUUCAUAUGUUACUGGGCCAACAAUGAUUGUAACUACACCUAUUUUCAACAUUAUUAAAUGCAUCGAGCUCCUCUCCAUAUGCUGCGAGGGUAAGAGCGAUGUUGCAGAAUUAAAAUGCCAAACUGAUGUUCUCCCAAUAGAGAGUGCUUAUAAAAUUCUUGAGUCUUGUGAGUAUUUCUGGCCUCUAAAGCAUACGACCACUCAAUAUAUUACUCAAUGCUUCCUAGACAGCUAAAAUAAAUUAGUCCUAGCAGAAGAUGAUGAAGCAGGUUUGAGAUUCCUUUGGAAAAGUGCUGAAGUUAUUGUAAAUGACUUGAUAAAUAUAGUUGAGAAUACUCAAACAGAGGAUGAAGUGUUUGUUAAGUAUCCAUCGGGUGAGGUUAUUACUCUUAAACAACUUUCUUUCCAAUUCCUCGGUAAAGCAGUUAUUCCUUUCUUCAAAGCAUUGUUAAAGAAAAGGACAAUCAAAAUAGAUAGCUAUGAGAAGUUGCUGGCUGCAAUGGCUAAGUAUAUUGCAAAGCUUUACUAUAUCUCAAAUUAAUACUAUGAUGUAAAGAAAGAUGCCUACUACUUAUUGAAAUUCAUUCAUGAGAGUGCCAGAUACUCUAGAUAUAUUGAAAGCGUUAAGCAUCCUUUCAUAGGAUAGGCUGAACAUAACACUAUUGAAGAUUAAGAUUAAGAGGAUAGGAAAAAAGAAGCUGAUUAAACAGUUGAGAAUUCAAAAUCAAGCUCAUUGACUACAAAAAUAGUUCAAUUAACCUAAAGUAAAGAUAUCAAAGACUAAAUUGAAAAAGAAUUUGAAGAACUAGUCGUUUGGGUCUGUAAUAUUGAAAAGAAAAUUCGCUAAGUUACCAGAAAUUAAAACUAGAGAGGAGAAUAACAAUAUAAUCUGAAAUCUUUUGAGAAUUUGACAUUCUAAUCUGUAGUGUGUGCAAUCCUCAAUUUAAUUGAUUCAAAAGAUUUAAGCAAAGAUUUGCAUAUAUCUGGCCUUAGAUUAAUUAGGAAAAUCAUCGAGGUUGAGAAUGAAGAUUUAGUAACUCCUGCUGCUGAUUGGGAUACAGACGAUUGGAUUGAAUUUAAGAGUGCUAUCAAAAUGAAACAAGAUGCCCUUGUUGAAAUAGGAACAAUCAGAUUCAUUUGCAAGCAUAUAAGUGAAGUAGAUGAUGAUGAUAUUUUAGAGUAAGCACUUUUAGCUGGUAUUGCUAUCUUACUCGGUGGUAACCAGAAAUCACAGGAGGCAUUCUUACAAUAUAUGCAAGAUAAUGAUCCUCACAACAGAGUGAUCUUGAAGAUAAAAAAUAUGCUAGUCAAGCAGUUCGAUAACACCAAGAACUAUUUAAGUGAGAAGAUAGCUAAGUUAAUAAUGGUAUCAAAGCUAUAAGAUAAAGCAUUGAAAAAACAAAGAACUAUCUAAGAUAAGAUUCAAAAGAGUAUUGCUUCUGCUUUAAUUAGCAGAGAAAAAAUUCCUGAAGAAGCUAAAAUUCAUGAUACAAGCUAAGAAAAUCUUAUGACUUUAGAGGAUAGUUUCCAAAAUCAUGAGGAUGAUUCAAAGAAAAAGGAAAAUAAUGAAACUUAUGCAGAUGAGACAAGCUAAGUAAACCAAAACAAGUAAUAAUCUAUAAACAAACUUAUGAGGAUAUUGAGAUUCCUCUAAUUAUUAACAGAAAAUCACUUCACGCCAAUGCAAGACUUCUUGAGAGAAUAAGCGACAAGCGCUGGUCAAACCAAUUCUAAAACUUUUGAUAUUGUCUCAUAUAUCUCAACAAUGCUAGGAAAUUAUGAAAAUUAAUAUGUUAAUUGCUAUUCAUGCUAUCUUGGAUACUAAAUGAUUGAAACUCUAACUGAGUUUGUCUAAGGUCCUUGCAAAGAAAAUUAAAGAGCAUUGGUUAAUGCAAAAGUCAUUGAUAAUUGCAGAGAUAUGAUUUCAUAAGGAACAUAGAGUGAAAGAGAACUUAAAGAAAAGGGUUUUACUGGAGAAAAAAUAAAAUUGCUUGAUGGAUUGAAGAUGAAAGCAGUAAGACUACUAUUAUCUAUUAUUGAAGGCCCCAUCGAUUAAGAAAUUAUCAGAAAUAUAACAAUAUCACUUGAUGAUUUUGAAAUCAUAUUCGAAAGAUUGAAUACUGUUUUCAAUGCCUUUGUUGAGAAUGAACUUUCAAUAUCAACCUCAUCUUCCUUAGCAACAGUAUAAUCUGCUUUGAGGAAAGACUCAUUUGACGGAGACGUCCAAGAAGGCUUUGAUAUCUUCAUUCUUAUAAAUUCUCUGGCUGAUUGCUAUCCAGAAGCGAAAAAGAAAAUAGAAUCUUUCGAGGAAAAUAAUUACUAUCAAUUCUUCAAAUACAAUACUGGACAGAUUGAAAUAUUGCUUGAUGGUGAGUAGUUAUAGAGAGUGUAUUUCCCAUUGAAACCAGUUUGCAGAUUCCUUUCGGAACAAAGUCGAAAAGCACUAAUGCUAAAUGUAGAUAGAACUAGUCCCUAAUAAAAAAUUCUGGGAUUACUUAAGUCUGUGCCAGAUCUUAUUGAUGAAAUGGAGCAUGUUGAAGUACUCUCAAGAUAGAAAAUCUAAGUCACCCCUGACAGAUUGAAUUUUCUCAGAGAUUGCUCUACACUGCUAGCUGUUGGAAUUAGUAUCAUUAUUAUAGGAUAUUACAAAUAUGAUUCCAUCACUUAUAGUGACGGUUCACUUGAUGUAGGUCCAACUAUUGACCCAACCCCAGGCCUUGCUAUUCUGAUUAUGGGAUAUAUUUAGCUUGGAACUGCUGCAUGCUUACUCAUUGGCUGGGUUAUAAAUAAGGCAGCUCUUAUCAUUAAGGCUGGUUGGAGAGUCUACACUGAAGAAAAUAGAAUAAAGUAUUAGGGAGUACUAUAAAAGAAAAAAGAGGAAGAUUAAGGAAGCUUUAACUUGAAAAAAGCGGAUGAAAUGAGUUUAUUAGAUGCAAGACUUAUCUUGAUUACCUAAGGACCAUUAGCAGAAGAAUUUAUUGAUGAUGGAGAACUAAAACUUGGUCAUUUUAUUCUAAAAUUAGAGUAUCUUUGGAUUAGUGCUAGUUUUGUUAUUGGGAAUGGAUCCUUUAAAUUCUUUGUUAUAUAUCUAGCACUCUCUUUACUCGGAUUGUAUUAGUCUCCAAUAUUUUAUUCUUUCUAACUUUUGGAUAUCAUCAACCGAUUCAGUACACUUAGAAACGUUAUAGCAGCUAUCACUACUAACAAGAACUAGUUAUUGAUGACUGCAAUGUUAGGCAUUAUUAUUAUCUAUAUAUACUCUGUCCUGGGUUAUGCAUUCUUCUUUGAUAUGUACUACAAUGAAGAUAUCAAUCUUGAGGAAUGGAUUGGAGAAAAGGGAGAUAUGACUUGCUAAUCUUUAUUCCAUUGUUUCAUAUCUACUAUAAACUAUGGUUUGAGAGCAGGAGGAGGUAUCGGAGAAGCAUUGCCCGCCCUUUCUUAUUUGAAUUCAACUACUGAAGAGUUUUACUUGAGAGUGGUUUUCGACUUGUCCUUCUUCUUGAUCGUUAUCAUUAUGUUCUUGAACAUUAUCUUCGGUAUCAUCAUCGAUACCUUCGCCGAACUAAGAGAAAACAAACGCUUUAUUGAUGAUGACAUGAAAAAUACUUGCUUUAUCUGUAACAUAGACAGGCAAACUUUUGAUAGAGACUCAGAACAUGGAUUUAUGCAUCAUAUUGCUAAUGAGCACAAUCUCUGGCAAUAUGUGUUCUUUAUUAUUCAUUUGAAGACUAAGGACAAGACUGACUACAAUGGUACAGAGUCUUUUAUCCACUAUAAGUUACUUGAGGAAGAUAUUUCAUGGUUCCCACUUCAUACUUCUAUUGCUCUUGAAAAGGAUAAAUAUGUUAUCUCCGAUAGCAACGACAAAGCCGCUACUGCUCCAUAGCCUGAGGAUAAAGAGAAAGAGGGUGGAGAUGAAAAAUCAUGA